AUGGAGUCCUCUGAACUAUUUGAGAACACGUCGGGACGAUGGAUAUGGAACGAUUCUUCCAAGCAUGCUGGAAGAAGACGUGCUUUCAAUGUAUCCGAAUUCAAGCGUUUGGCUGCCGCCGCCGUGAAUCGGAAUGCGAAAGAUGUGGCUCGGUUUGAGAAACUUAGUAAGGGAGGCUUCAACCGAACCUUUCUCAUCACUAUGUGUGACGGGUUUCAGUUGGUCGGACGCAUCCCUUAUCUCUCUACCCAGCCAAGGCAUCUGGUUGUUGCCAGUGAAGUCGCAACGAUGAACUUUCUCCAUAAUGGGGCUGGGACUGAAUACAUGUUUAUGGAGCUGGCCCGUGGGAAGAACUUGGGCGACAUCUGGUUUGACCUGUCGAUAGAGGCCAGAAUCACUGUCGUCACUAGCCUUGUCGAGUUAGAGUCUCGAUUGUUCUCUCUUACCUUUCCAGCAAGUGGUAGUCUGUAUCACACCAAAGAUAUACAACCUGGGCUCGAGAGGGUCGAGGUGCCGAUCGCGGAUUCUGCAUACGAUGGUCACUUUUGCAUCGGCCUUGAUACAAGUCUUAGCUUUUGGCAAAUCCAUGGUUACCAGGCGCAAUCCCCCUCUGAACAUCUGAGUAACUUGGAAAAAUACCUGCAAACUGUGCCUUACCUCGUACCAGACGGCAACAGUACCCUGGUCCGCCCGACAAUGAGACAUCCUGAUCUUCAGCCGAAUAACAUUUUUGUAACAGAUGAUUUCAGGAUCGCAAGUGUGAUUGACUGGCAGCACUGCACAAUACUUCCACUUUUCCUGCAAUGCGGUAUCCCCAAUAGUCUUCAAAACUACGGUGACAGCAUCUCCGAAUCACUUACAUUUCCUGAACUACCGCCGAAUUUCGACAAGCUAAGCGAAAACGCACAGUUUCGGGAGACAAUGCUCUUACAUCGGCGUCAAGUUCACUACUUCUAUGUCGUGGCGACUGCCUCAUUGAACCCAACGCAUUACGAUGCCUUGACCGCCAACUUUAGCAUAUUGAGACGUAAACUCUUCGUUCACGCCAGUGACCCUUGGCAGGGCGAUAUAUUUAGUCUCAAAAAUGACUUGAUCGAUUUGACGAAAAACUGGGACAAAGUCGUGGCCUCUCAGUCUAAUACGGACGGCGAGACUAGGCAUCCCUGUCCCAUUGCCUUCUCAGAAGACGAGGUGGCCGAAUGCUUGCGUCUGCAUGACGCGCAAGUAGAUGCAGAUGAAUCGCUUCGGGAUUGUAGAGAUCUUAUCGAUAUUGGGGUUGAAGGAUGGGUGCCUGCUGAGCUGUAUGACGAGAUAAAGCAGCGAGAACAGGAGUUUAAGGCCGAGGCGCUUAAAGCUGCAGAGUCUGAGGAGGAGCGACAGCAAGUAUUCGAGCAUUGGGUAUUUGAUGAUUUUGAUGAGGAGGAGUAUUCGUAG